CCGGCCCUGCAGCAGGCAGGAAAAAGCUCACAGAAGAAGUCGGGUUCCUGGGGCAGGAACGCCAAAAAACAGCAGGCUGCAGAUGUGGCCAGGAGGGACAGGUCCAAAACAUGCCCCAAAGUGAAUAAUCCCCAGCCCAGCCCAGCCGCGCAGAACAACUCCACGAGCUCCAAAAGGACAGGUUUUCCCCCAGAAACAAAGCAAGCUCUGUGUCCCUCAGUUAAGGGAAAGAAAAGUACCCCUCUCCUCCCCGCUGUGCCUAGCAAACUGGUGGCCAUUGACUGUGAGAUGGUGGGCACGGGGCCCGGCGGGCGCAUCAGCGACCUGGCCCGGUGCAGCAUCAUCGGCUACGACGGCGACGUCAUGUACGACCAGUACAUCCGCCCGGCCAACCCCAUCGUGGACUACCGCACCCGCUGGAGCGGCAUCAAGCGUCAUCACAUGGUGAAUGCCGUCCCGUUCAGCAAAGCCCAGCGAGAGGUGCGCUCCCAGGGGCGCCGAGCUGCGUGA